ACGCGCGCUGCCCAGCCAAGAUGGCCGACAGCAUCCCGUUAAAUCCGGUGCGGAAGAGCUCGAAGAGAAUCACGUAUUACAACUCGGCCAGAGCCUCCAGAUACUCUCUAGAGGAUGAGCCCUCUAACCUGGAUGAGAUGCCUCUGAUGAUGUCGGAGGAGGGCUUUGAGAACGAUGAGAGCGACUACCAGACACUGCCCCGGGCCAGAGUCAAUCAGAGACAGAGAGGCCUCGGCUGGUUCCUCUGCGGAGGGUGGAGGGUCCUCUGUGGCAGCUGCUACGACUGCCUGGUUCACGUGUUUCGGAGGAAGAAGGAGCUGAAGGCCAGGACGGUAUGGCUCGGCUGUCCGGAGAAAUGUGAGGAGAAGUAUCCCAAAAAUGGCAUCAAAAACCAGAAGUACAACAUCUUCACCUUCGUGCCUGGGGUUCUCUACCAGCAGUUCAAGUUCUUUCUCAACCUCUACUUUCUGGUUGUGGCCUGCUCCCAAUUCGUGCCAUCGCUGAAAAUCGGAUACUUGUACACGUACUGGGCACCUCUGGCUUUCGUGUUAGCUGUUACAAUGGUGCGAGAGGCUGUGGACGAAAUGCGACGCUACCAGCGCGACAAAGAGAUGAACUCCCAACUGUACAGCAAGCUCACAGUGAGAGGUAAAGUCCAAGUGAAGAGUUCAGACAUACAAGUUGGAGACCUAAUCAUUGUUGAGAAGAACCAAAGGAUUCCUGCAGACAUGAUAUUCCUGAGAACAUCCGAGAAAAAUGGGUCGUGUUUCAUCAGAACCGAUCAGCUGGACGGUGAAACGGACUGGAAGCUGAAAGUUGCUGUCGGCUGCACGCAGCGACUGCCUGCAGUGGGGGACCUCUUCUCCAUCAGCGCCUACGUCUACGCCCAGAAGCCCCAGCUGGACAUCCACAGCUUCGAGGGGAACUUCACAAGGGAAGAUGCAGACCCACAGAUCCAUGAAAGUCUGAGUAUUGAAAACACUCUCUGGGCGAGUACAGUCGUUGCAUCUGGCACGGUGAUAGGGGUGGUGAUCUACACCGGCAAAGAGACCAGAAGCGUUCUGAACACAUCCUUUGCCAAAAACAAGGUCGGCCUACUGGACCUGGAGCUGAACCGCCUCACCAAGGCCCUGUUCCUGGCCCAGGUGGUUCUGUCAGUUGUCAUGAUAGCGCUGCAGGGGUUUGUGGGUCCUUGGUUCCGCAACCUCUUCAGAUUCAUCGUGCUUUUCUCUUACAUCAUCCCCAUCAGCUUGCGCGUCAAUCUGGACAUGGGAAAAUCGGCCUACGGCUGGAUGAUCAUGAAAGACGAAAACAUCCCUGGCACCGUUGUGAGAACCAGCACCAUCCCCGAAGAACUGGGCCGACUGGUCUAUCUGCUGACGGACAAGACGGGAACUCUGACACAGAAUGAAAUGAUCUUCAAGCGGCUGCACCUGGGAACAGUUUCCUACGGCACGGACACCAUGGACGAGAUACAGAACCACAUAGUCCAGUCAUAUGCACUGGUGCCUCCCCCGGCGUCCAACAGUGGCACCAGUGGCUCGACUCCUUCGAGAAAAACGCAGCAGUCCGGCCCGAAGGUUCGUAAGAGCGUCAGCAGCCGCAUCCAUGAGGCCGUUAAGGCCAUCGCCCUGUGCCACAACGUCACGCCUGUCUACGAGACGCACACCAGCGUUAAUGGAGAGCCGGAGUCCGCUGAGGCAGACCAGGACUUCAGCGACGAUAACCGCACCUACCAGGCCUCCAGCCCCGAUGAGGUGGCUCUGGUUCGGUGGACGGAGAGCGUCGGCCUGACCCUGGUCAACAGAGACCUGGCCUCGCUGCAGCUGAGGACUCCUUCAGGACAGAUUAUCUCCUUCUACAUCCUGCAGAUCUUUCCCUUCACCUCCGAGAGUAAAAGGAUGGGUAUCAUCGUCAGGGAGGAGUCAACAGGAGACAUUACUUUCUACAUGAAGGGUGCUGAUGUUGCCAUGGCGAGCAUCGUCCAGUAUAACGACUGGUUGGAGGAAGAGUGUGGGAACAUGGCCAGAGAAGGCCUGAGGACGCUGGUGGUGGCCAAGAAAUCUCUUUCUGAGGAGCAGUAUCAGGACUUCGAGAAUCGCUACAACCAGGCGAAGCUCAGCAUCCAUGACCGAGCCCUGAAGGUUGCAGCGGUGGUGGAGAGUCUAGAGAGGGAGAUGGAGCUUCUGUGUCUGACCGGUGUGGAAGACCAGCUGCAGGCAGACGUCAGGCCCACGCUGGAGCUGCUCAGAAACGCUGGCAUCAAGAUUUGGAUGUUGACAGGGGACAAGCUCGAGACGGCUACAUGCAUCGCCAAAAGCUCCCAUUUGGUCUCCAGAAGCCAAGACAUCCACGUCUUCAGACCAGUUUCGAACAGAGGAGAGGCCCAUCUGGAGCUCAACGCCUUCAGAAGGAAACAUGACUGUGCUCUGGUCAUCUCUGGAGACUCCUUAGAGGUUUGUUUGAGGUAUUACGAGCAUGAGUUUGUGGAGCUGGCGUGUCAGUGUCCAGCCGUCGUCUGCUGUCGCUGCUCCCCGACUCAGAAAGCCCAGAUUGUCCAACUCCUCCAGCAGCACACGGCCAACAGAACCUGCGCCAUAGGUGAUGGAGGAAAUGAUGUGAGCAUGAUCCAGGCUGCACACUGUGGGAUUGGAAUCGAAGGAAAGGAAGGAAAACAGGCGUCUCUGGCCGCAGACUUCUCCAUCACUCAAUUUAAGCACAUCGGCCGCCUGCUCAUGGUUCACGGCAGGAACAGCUACAAGCGUUCUGCAGCGCUGGGUCAGUUUGUCAUGCACAGAGGGAUGAUAAUCUCCGCCAUGCAGGCCGUUUUCUCCUCAAUAUUCUUCUUUGCCUCGGUGCCCUUGUACCAGGGUUUCCUCAUGGUUGGGUAUGCCACUAUUUACACCAUGUUUCCAGUGUUCUCUCUGGUUCUGGACCAGGACGUGAAGCCGGAGAUGGCUCUCCUCUACCCAGAGCUUUACAAAGACCUCACCAAGGGGCGUUCGUUGUCUUUCAAGACUUUCCUCAUCUGGGUUCUGAUCAGUGUUUAUCAAGGUGGCAUCCUCAUGUACGGCGGCCUGGUGCUGUUCGAGUCCGAGUUCGUGCACGUGGUCGCCAUCUCCUUCACGGCGCUCAUCCUGACGGAGCUGCUGAUGGUGGCGCUCACCAUUCGUACCUGGCACUGGCUCAUGGUCGUGGCCGAGUUCUUCAGUCUUGGCUGUUACCUGGCGUCUCUCGCCUUCCUCAACGAGUACUUCGACUUGUCCUUCAUCACGACUUGGCCUUUCCUGUGGAAGGUGUCUGCCAUCACGCUGGUCAGCUGUCUUCCUCUCUACAUCAUCAAAUACCUGAAGCGCAAGUUUUCACCGCCAAGCUACUCCAAACUCUCCUCAUGAGAACUACUUGGAUUACCUGUAUUCCUUUUUGUAGUUCAGUGCUUCUCCAAGCUUUCUAUCUCCAGCACUUUUUUUACAACACGCUGAUCGUCAGUGGCGGACGUUUGACCUGAGGCGGUCGAGGAACCCGCUGGGGGAAUCCAGAAUGGGAAAUGAAAAAUUGAAUAUUCGCGCUUUGGGUUUUCUCUCUGACCUGAGACGUGGGAUUACUUGAAAAGUUGGAGCACAUAAAGAAAAACGACAAAAGGAAGGAUUCCGCCACAGAAAAGUGUGACUGCACUCGACCCUUUAUCCACAGAGGGUCAACCUGCCUUCCUCUGUUCUAAAGCAUUUCAAAGAAAUCCACUUCAAGUGUCACUUUAAACACUUCUGAUGAAUUACUUUGGAUGUUUGACUUUUUUUAUAUGUGGAGUUCGGAUUUUUUUAAGUAUUAUUUUUUACUAUAAUUGCAGUCCUGCAUCUUUGAACACCGUUGAGUUGCUGUAAGGGAUGAAAAGUUUUCCUGUGUACCUGUAAAUAGCUUUGAUAAACACUGUCGUCGUUGUGAACCUCGCUGCGUUGAAUCUCCACCAACCAAAAACGAUCAUUUUCGAAACAUUCAGAGAAACUGCUGAGCGUUUGUCCCGGAUAUAAACCUCCCGGGCUCCAAACCGAAUCUUCUGUGCAUUUGCUGCCUUUGUUCGCCGCGACGCUGAAUGACCUCGUCAGGCCGUCGUCACCUCUGUAGAAUAAAACCAGCACUCCAAAGCGACAUCACACGUUGUAUCGUCUGCGUAUAUGAAUAUAUCUGGCCUGCAUUCAGUCUGUCGCUGGCCUCCACGACACGGCAGCUCGCUUUGUGCCUCAUUUUGUGUCAAUGUGCUGAAGCCGCAUUUCACAGCAUCGGAUGUCGAACAAUCAGAUUUUUGGUUCGUGUUUGUUUUUAUCUGCUGAUUCAGAAACUUGCUGCUCUUCUCGGACACUAAAGUCACAAGACGGACCCUGAAACCGAUGGCUGGAUAUUUUUAGGCCUUUAUUGAUAAUGCCCCCCCCCCCGUCCUUCCUGGGCGUUUGUGUGACUUUGUUGUGUGGCGGACGUUGACAUUCAGGGGGAAUGAGUUUUAUCAUUCACUCUCUUAAGCACAGUAGGGAAAAAACCAGCUGGGAGAAAGUUAAAGUGACGUGUUUGUAGUUUAGUCAGGUUGUCGUUUGUUUUCCUUGAAUGAGUUGAACUCAGGUGGAUCAUUCCUAAACAUAGUCGUGACAGCCGCUCCGCAACAUAUAGCUAUACUACGAGACAAAAGACAAGAGGUGGGUGUGGUUGUUUAGCAAUGAGUCGGUCACUUUAAUACAAUCACUCCGUGAUUUACAUUUUUACAAGAAGAAAUUCCAAAUGUCGAUUCUUGCUCUGUGUGUGUUUUUGUUGAAAUGUUGUUUUUGUUGCUUUUCAUGUCCCGUUUCUAACGGUGUCUGUUAUUUAUAAUAUUGUUAUUGAUUAAAGAGUAAUAA